AUUCUAUCCCCCAGAGAGUGAGUAUUUUGCACCAGUCGUAUACUUAACGAUAGCAGGCCCUCUUCGUGCUGCUCAGACCAGAAUGGUAGUAACCAUGACUCCACAGUUAACCAAGUACCGCUUGUUCGAAUAUAAGCUGCACAACGUUCGAGCACGAUAGAUAUCUCGUAACCUCACCGCAUUCUUUCCAGGAUCCUAUUUUUAUGUAAGUAGCUUACUCAUUGUGUGAUACUAGACUUUUACGAGUGUGAACUUUUGUUGACGUUAUGUGUACUCGAGAGUAUAACGUGUAUAAGUGUGGAUAUGUCAAGAUCGGCGAGUUUUGCCAGUGCCCGGAGAAAUACGCCGCCCAGUCAAAUUUGAAAUGUAGCCGGCCGGACAAGAGGAACAAGGAAUCGCGCAACUACUGUGCCAAGCACCUGGUGAGCGAGGAAAAGGCUAAGGAGGAAUUCCGAGGACGGUACCCUCGUCGGCCUUGAGUCCGCGAUUUUUAUUUCGACACUCCGGUUUUGAGAAUAUGAGCAGGCAGAUAUAUAACUUUAGUAAGAGUUGAUGAUGGCGGGGAGUGAUGCGUUUGGUUAAUAUGGAUUGCAGCUAUUGGGUAUAGUUUUUAGUGUUAUCCAGUCGCCGCUAAGAAGCUGGUCUGCGUAUUUUUUUUUCGGUUCGUUGCCUCAAAUCUCUUGUGUUCGUGCGGUUUCUAUUUAUGCAGUUACUCCGUCGACAUUC